AUGGUACAAACAAAUGAUGAUGUCCAGAAAUUGAAUGAUAUGAUUAUCGAUCAGUUUCAAGGAGAAGAACAUAAUUUGUUAUCGUUUGACGAGGUUGAAGGAGAUAAUCAUAAUUUAUACCAGCAAGAAUUCUUAAACUCAAUUGCACAAGGUAGUUUGCCACCACAUAUUCUAAAGAUAAAAAAGGGUGCACCAUUGAUGUUGUUACGAAAUCUAGAUCCUAGAUAUGGAUUGUGUAAUGGGACCCGGUUAUUAUGUCGUGGUUUAUUUAUGAAUAUGUUGGAUGUGGAAAUCUUGACAGGAAGCAACGCAGGAAAACGUGCUUUUUUGCCUAGAAUUAAAAUAAAAACAUCUGCAAGUGAUGGACUGCCUUUUGUCCUUAGUAGAAAGCAGUUUCCUGUGCGACUAAGUUUUGCAAUUACAAUAAAUAAAUCACAAGGACAAACCAUUCCAAAUGUUGGAAUAUAUCUUCCAUGA